GGGGAGGGGGGUGCAGUCAGUCCGAUCACUCCGAUCUCGUCAGUCGUCAGAGCUUGCGGCCCGUUUUCACGCUGUUGCUUGUAUGUAUAUAUGUGCACUUUUGGGCCUUAUUGUACUUAUAUAUCAUCGCGAAGGCGACGAGAGAGCUCGAGGAAUAAGCCUAUACAUAUACAUAUAUAUAUGAUGUUUGAAAGCAUCAUUUCCGUUAUUUAUGACCUUUUUCCUGCUGUUAUUGUCGCAUAUUUGCGAGAAUGAUGGGAGACGAGCUCGAGUACCACUUCACCUUUCCCCCCGGCACGGGUGCUGGGAGCGUCAAGUCGGGAUCGUCGUCGAGAGAACCUUCGCUGGGCACCACGGCCAGCCGCGGCAAUCGUCCUGGCAACACCGACAACGAAGAGUCGUCGGCCUCGUCCCAGGGAUCGUCCGAUGACUUUGUGUUUGUCUACGACGAGGCCAAGAGACCCCUCGUCGUGUUGCUCGGCUGGGCUGGCUGCCAGGACAAGUAUCUCGCCAAGUACAGCGCUAUUUACGAGGAGAGGAGCUGCAUAACGCUACGGUGUACCGCGCCCCUGGCGUGCUUGUUUUAUCGUAGGCACAAGCUACCCUCGAUGAGUAAGCGGUUGCUCAAAGUAAUCACUGAAAAAUGCUCGGACGGGAGACCAGUGUUCUUUCACGUGUUUAGCAACGGAGGGGCUAUAUUUUAUCAGCACAUCAGCUCGGCCAUGCAACAAGCGGGCUCGCCGAUCAAGGUCGAAGGCGUGAUUUUUGACAGUUCACCCGGGCAGAGACGAAUAAUGAGCCUUUACCGGGCAAUCAGUGCUGUCAUGGGUGGCAACGUGAUUACGAACGUACCGGUGUCGUUUGCGUUCACGCUUUUCCUCUCGAUAUUUUGGUUCAUCGAGAUUGUAAUGCAUUCCUUGGGAAGCAAAAACACCGUCUACACGGACCCAACUGCGCUCACCGAGGAAAAGUAUUCCUGUCCACAGUUGUUCCUCUACUCAAACGCCGACAAAAUGGUUAGCGCUAGUGACGUAGAAAAAUUUGCGAGAAAGCGAGCCGAGCGCGGAGUCCGUACGCAGCUGGUGUUGUUCGCGAAUUCGCCGCACGUGAAGCACUACGCGGCAUACCGGGAUGUGUACGUGAACGCGGUCUGCGGCUUCAUCAACGAGUGCCUGAUGAACGAGCGGCCGGCCGGCUCACAUCGAAGCACAGCAGACAACAAGGACGACUGCAGUGACGAUGGAAAGGACGCUAACAGUGAAAGAAUUUGCAGCGACAAAAGUUUAACGGACUCUCCGUUGACGACGCCUAAGCUCACCAAGAGGAUCGUUCGGGUCGAUGAGGCGACCCUUACCAGCCAAUGAAUGCAUGCGCAUGUAUGUAUAUCAUGUACGUGUAUUUAUAUUGACAUAUAAAUGUGUACACUUCAUUAAUUUGAAACAUGUUAUAUUUUAUCAUAUGUACGUGCGUCAUGCCAAUGUUUGCUAUACUAUACGUGCUUCGAAAGGCGCGCGAAACAAAGGAGAAUUUUUUUUGGUAUAAAUUAUUACGGCAUAGCAUAUCAUAGAAGCGCAACUCUAUAGGUCAUGAAAAUUUUGUUAACACUUAUAGGAAAAUUGUAUCUUUGUUCCCCUUAUAUUUUCACUUGGUGAGGUAUAUUGUAAAAUCUGCCUGACUAUAUGAUCGAUACGCGGACAUUUAACUAAUUAAUAGUGAUACAUUGGUGAUCAGAUAAUAAUAUAUAAUAUAUGUAUGUUACAUAUGUCCCAAUUCGUUGUGUUGAUUAAUAUUAAAAUUGAUGUAUUGCAUACCUCCUGGCGAAUAACGAAAAAUUUUGAGGUACAGAGUUGUGAUAGAAGUAUAUGCAUAUGAGUAUUUUUUUAACUUUUUGUGUCCGUUCAAUGUUAUAACAUAUAUGUUGAUAUGCAUAUGUGGUGUCGUAUGCGACAAAGGCGAUGCGUUACGUUAUAUGUGGUGCGUACAAAAGUUCACGCGGAUCAAAUAAUUUCAAUUUUCAUUGUAUUUCUACAAGUAUGUGGACGAUUAUUAUGUUGUUCGAGUACAAAAGAAAAGUUCGAAUAUGUAUGUGAACGAUUUUUUAACUUGAAAUAUAUUUUUAUACUUAUACAAAAUGCAUCGACAAAAUCAAUGAUAAGUAUUACCAUGCAAGCUCAAAUUUUACAAGUUUAUACACAAAAAAUAUGUACAAUAUGAGUUAAAAAAUCGAAAUUGACUGUUUCAUAUAACACAAAUCACAAAUCUGCACAGCUUUUCUCUGAUAUUAUUACUCAACGUUUUAUGUUGUAUGUGAAAGUAUGUACAUAUAAGUGUACAUGUGCUUUUGGAAAACGAAUAUAUUCUGGCGAAAUGUUAUAAAUUUUUUAAAUUAAAUUUCAUUUUUCCAAACUUGUUUGUUUUCAAAAAUUUUUUAGAAACAUUAUACACAUAUGUUACAUAAAAUUAAUUUUGAUACAAAGCGUUUAUUACCAAAAUUGGUUGUUACUAAACAUAAAGUACCAAAAUCUGUUGACAACUUCAAUAUUUUCGUAAAAAGUUAUUGAUUGGUACCUCAAAUUGAUACAUACAAAUUAUUAUUUACAGUAAACAAAAAAUGUUCAUAUGAUAUCGAUGUACAAAUUAAAGUAAUUUUAUUACACAAAAAAGAAAAACUUUUAACAAAGUGAUGACGAAACUAUAAUUUAAGAAGCAUUUAAAAUUCAAAUGGCAGAUGUUGUUUAUUUAUAAAAUUUAUUUUUUACUGUAGGAUAUCACAAAAAUAAUAUGGUAUCAAUUUCUAUGGAUGUUCACAUAAAUAUAUAGUGAUAGCAGGUAACAUAUUACAACUUGUAAUUACACUUUUUGGUAAAAAUUUUGUUGUUUAAAUCAUAAAUAUAUUUUCAAAUCGUAGGAUUCAUCACUAUUAUACAAACGUAGUUAAAAAUAUGUAGAAAAAAUAAAAUAAAAUAAAAUAACAUGUAAAUAUAAAAUAAUUGUAUGUGAAAACCAUCAAGCUGGCCUUGAUCUGGCUUACACAAUAAAUCAGUGGACAUAAGAAUCUAUCUUCAACGUUUAUUGUUCAGCAGUUGUUAUACAUAAAUAUCCCCAUAUAUGAGAAUAUUUAUAUUUUGGUGUGAUAAUUAUCAAUGAAUAAAGACUGAGUAGUGUCACAAAAUGUCUUUACUUUCGUUUGAUACUUCAAUCGAGCAUUUUCCUUGUUAACUACCUUGUGCAUAAGUGUUUCUCGCAACAUAAUUAAAAAUAUAAAAAUAAGUGAAUAACUAAAAAAAAAAACUUUAAUGCUUUUACAUGGGUAACUGUAGGA